CGGCAGGUGGGCUCAGGUGCCAGCCUGGCCCGGGCCCGGUUGUGAGACCGACGCUUCCGGUGAGCGACAGGAGCAACUCUCGAGGGCCUGGAGACCCGUGGGACGGGCUCUGGGGUAGGAGCCCAUCGCCCUGGCCGGGAGUGCCCCCCUAUAUCUAUUCCCCAUUCCCCUGGCGACCUGGGCGGUUGGCCAGCCCAUCCCUACACUCGGAACCAUGUUUGCAGACUUGGAUUAUGACAUCGAGGAGGAUAAACUCGGAAUCCCCACUGUGCCUGGGAAGGUGACCCUGCAGAAGGAUGCCCAGAACCUGAUUGGGAUCAGCAUCGGGGGUGGGGCACAGUACUGCCCCUGCCUCUACAUCGUCCAGGUAUUUGAUAACACGCCUGCAGCCCUAGAUGGCACCGUGGCCGCCGGCGAUGAGAUCACUGGCGUCAAUGGCAGGUCAAUCAAGGGGAAGACCAAGGUGGAGGUGGCGAAGAUGAUUCAGGAGGUGAAGGUGCUGGGCCUGGAUGGGCUCGUGAAGAGGCUGGAGGAGCUAGAGAGGACUGCAGAGCUGUACAGAGGGAUGACAGAACACACCAAGAACCUCCUGCGGGCUUUUUACGAGCUGUCCCAGACACACCGGGCCUUUGGGGACGUGUUCUCUGUGAUUGGGGUACGGGAGCCCCAGCCAGCAGCCAGCGAGGCUUUUGUGAAGUUUGCCGACGCCCACCGAAGCAUUGAGAAGUUUGGCAUUCGGCUACUGAAAACCAUCAAGCCGAUGCUGACAGACCUGAACACGUACCUCCACAAAGCCAUCCCCGACACGCGCCUCACCAUCAAGAAGUACCUGGACGUGAAGUUUGAGUACCUGUCAUACUGCCUGAAGGUGAAGGAGAUGGAUGACGAGGAAUACAGCUGCAUCGCCCUGGGGGAGCCCCUGUACCGAGUGAGCACCGGCAACUAUGAGUACCGGCUGAUCCUGCGCUGCCGCCAGGAGGCGCGCGCGCGCUUCUCCCAGAUGCGCAAGGAUGUGCUGGAGAAGAUGGAGCUGCUGGACCAGAAGCACGUCCAGGACAUCGUGUUCCAGCUGCAGCGCUUCGUCUCCACCAUGUCCAAGUACUAUAAUGACUGCUACGCCGUGCUGCGCGACGCCGACGUCUUCCCCAUCGAGGUGGACCUGGCGCACACCUCGCUGGCCUACGGCCCCGACCAGGGCGAGCUCACCGAUGGCGAGGAUGAGGAGGACGAGGACACGGCCCAGGCCCCCCAGCAGCCCCGGGAGACGCGCGGGGCCGCCGGGCCUCUGGACAAGGGCGGAAGCUGGUGUGACUCCUGAGCGCUCCAUGGGUCGGGCAGGGCAGUGGGAGGACCCCGCGGGAGGGGCAGCGGCUCUCCGCAGGGCAGGGCAGGGCAGGGCAGGGCAGGGCGGCAUAAAGGCCUGCUGGCUCGGCUUGGGGCGCCUGCCUCCCUGCUCCUCUGUCCUCGCACAGCGAAUCCGGGCUCCUGCCCAGGACAAGCCCCAGGGCCUCAGCCUGGGCCCUGGACGCCGGCCCUCACCCUUCCCACCUCCCCGGCCCGGCCUCAGGAAGGACAGGGCAGCGAGGAAGAGGGGCUGGGCCCGAGGUGCCGCUCCGUGUGCUCCGGCCUGCUGCGAGCGGGGCGGGUGGACGGCCAGGCUGGCCAGCCUCUCACGCACACCUCCAAGGCCUUUAUUUAUUUUGUUACUGGGCUCAGUCACUUCUGGAGAGGGCUGGGCACCGGGCUUCAUUGAAUAAACUCAAA